GCAACGAGUUCCAACUUCACUGAGAAUGGAGAGGAAGCGACUGGUUCCCCGGGUUCUGAUCCUCAUUGUUCCGCUCUUCGCUUUCUGCCAGAGGGCUGUGGCUUUCGGCGGUGGGGAGCGCGGGCAUGACGUCAUCGGGCUGGGAAUGGAAGAGAAUUCUGCCGCCUAUAUCUUCACCCAGAGCGAAGAGUCCGACGAUGUGGCAAUCCAGUACCUCCUGGAGGAGGCAAAGCAGAAUGAAGCACUUUCCCGAGCUUGGAAGUCUGCAAAGGAGAAACGGGCAAAAUUCUCACAUUCAAACAAGUCUACAAUACCCAAGAGACUCAAAGAAGAACACAUGGUAUCCGUGAUCGCCUACACGCUGAAUACAAAUUUGUACACGCAGUUCAACCGGGCAAUGCAGACGUGCGGAGCCAACGACUCAGUCUACGCGGAGAAAUUCCCGUUCAAGAGCUUCCAUUAUCUCCUGUCCGUUGCCAUUGAGAGAUUGAGAGAAAGCUCGGGCAGUGCGCCGGGGACGACCUACAGAGGGAUGGGGCGUGUGGCCGAGGGCCAGAAGGGAAAGAAAAUGAGAUUUGGAUAUUUUGCAUCUUCGUCUCUAGAUAUGGGAGUUUCUAAGAAAUUUGGCACCGCGACAGUUUUCACGAUAAAGUCACGCUACGGCGCCAAGAUAGAAAACUACUCAUCGUUCCCUGGCGAGAAGGAAGUGCUGAUUCCUCCUUACGAAGUGUUCACAAUCACGGAAUGCGCCCGCCGGAGUGACGGGGUUGACAUUUCGCUCACGACGGCGGGGAGGCAGGAGAUCCGGGUGAACGUGGAGCGGGGGAAGGGCGGCACGAUGCUGGUGGUGCGGAGUGACGGGGCCGCCAUUUCCGCAGUGGCGUGGGUGUGCGUCCUAGCGCUGCUGCGUCCCAUUUCGCUGUAAGGUCCGAGUAACACAUCCGCAUCCGCCACCGCAAUAUCCCGCCUGAUCUCACCUCUAGCCUUGGCAAACAGCAGAACUGAUGCAAAGCACACAUCAAAAGCAGAGGCGUGCGUAAACAUUCAACAGGUCGGGCAGCAUCAGUGGAGGGAGAGAGACACCCGUUGAAGCAUUGCAACCUCUAGACCCUUCGUCAGAGUUCUGACGUAGUACUAAGGACGUGACUUCGCCUUGAAUCAUUAACCCUUCCAGCAGAUGCCGACGCUCCUCUUCUUUCCUCCUAAUUUCCCGCAAAGCAGAAACAACAGUAGCUUAGACAGUGUUGUCUUCAGCACCUGGAAGGGCAAUAUUAAUGGUGUUUGGAGAUAAGACAUU